CUCCAUGGAGACCAGAAUCAACAGCCUCGCCCCGACGGCCGCAGCGCGCACCGAGAGCCAGCGGGGGUUGCGAGGAGGCGCAGCGUGGUGGUUGGAGCGAGGCGAGCAGGAGCAUCAUGGCCGAGAGCACAGAUGUGGCGUCGUUGGAGGAGAGCUUCCGGAAGUUCGCCAUCUACGGAGAUACCAAAGCUACAGGGCAAGAAAUGAAUGGGAAGAACUGGUCCAAGCUUUGCAAGGACUGCAAAGUCAUUGAUGGCAAAGGGGUCACCAGCACAGACGUCGACAUUGUCUUCAGCAAGGUGAAAGGAAAGACGGCCAGAGUCAUAAACUACGCAGAGUUCAAGACGGCCUUGGAGGAGCUGGCCCCAAAGAGGUUUAAGGACAAAGGCAAGGAGGAAGCGUUUGAAUCCAUCUGCCAGCUGGUGGCAGGCAAAGAACCCACCAACGUGGGCGUCACUAAAGCCAAGUCCGUGGGUGCUGUGGAGAGGCUCACCGACACGACCAAGUACACGGGCUCUCACAAGGAGCGCUUCGACGAGAGCGGGAAGGGCAAAGGCAAGAGCGGGCGCGAGAACAUCGUGGACACCAGCGGCUACGUGUCGGCCUACAAGCACGCGGGCACGUACGACGCCAAAGUGAAGAAAUAGGAGCAGCUGCCCCCUCCCUCCCUCCCUCCCCCCACCCACCCCGUGCCCGUCUGGAGGAGGGGCCGCCCUAAUGACACGCCUCCCGCAUGGGGGUUCGGCUUUCGUCAGGCCUACUCCCCCAGCCUUGGAGUUGGAGCUGGAAGGGGUGCCUGCCCCCAGGCGGCUGCCGUCCGACCAGGCCCUGUGUUGGUUUCCCAAUGUUACACAAGCCCAGUUGCACGUCUGUGACGCUCUCCUACGAAACCUACCAAGGGUCUCUACGCCAGGGGUGGGCGGAAGGUAGAUCCCCAGAUGUUGGGAACUUCAGUUCCCAGAAGCCUCUGCCAGCGUGGUCGAUGGCCAGGACUGCUGGGAGUUGGAAGUCCUGAAGAAGAAUGAUCUGGAGACCUGCUUUUUGCCCACCCCUGCUCUAUACCUCAGAUGUCUUCGUUCCCUGAACGUCACUCUGGACCACCCUUUCCCACAGCUGCCCUCUGCUUCUGUAGCUUCACACACACACACACACACACACACUGCCUCCCACCCACCCUGCUCUGCUCACUAGUGCUAAUAACGGGAGUAUUCUGUACCACGGGGAAAGCUUUGUUUGUUUUGAACGUCUGCCUGUCAUGCUGCUGUUAAAGGCACCGAGCUUCUGUCAGGGGAACAAGAUGGCGACCCUGACCCACCGUUCCCAGGCUUCCGAGAGUAUCGCGUAGCCAGCAGAGGCUGGCGGCUCCGAUGUCGGUGGGGCUGUGAAUCCGCUCUGGGUUUCAGCCAGAAUUCGGAAGGAGCUAUCCAAGGUGCAGAACCCCUUUUGCGGAUCGGGUUCAGUACCUUUGGUAGAUCCUUUAGAGUUCUGGCUGAAACCCGGAGCGGAUUCACAGCCCCACCCACAUCGUAGCCGCCAGCCUCUAUUGCUCAUAGCCCUCAUUCACUCGCCACUUGCAGCUGUGGUGGGCUUCCCUGGCUGGGAGCACUCCGGAUGUGUUGGACUACAGCCUCCACGUGGGCUACACUGUCUAGGGAUAAUGGGAAUUGUAGCCCAACACAUUUUGAGGGCUCUAGGUUGGAUACGGCUGCCCUAUGCCACCAUCUCACUGCUUCUGUGCUGUACAAGAAAAGCAGUAUAUUAAAUAAAGUGCUACUUCUAAUCA